AUGCUGAGUCAGUUGCUGCUGCAACCCACUGACAUCAUGCUGAAGACAUACACUGGGGAACCGCUGGCACCAGAAGGGGUCAUCAAGGUGCAAGUUGAACUGAAUAAGCAGUGUGCAACUCUACCCUUGUACGUGGUAAAGGUGGAUGCUCCACCACUGUUUGGUAGGGAGUGGCUGAGAGUGAUUAAGCUGAACUGGAAAGACUUAAAGAUGGUCCAUGCCAGAGAGCAAAGCGGAAAUGACAAUCUGGAGGCUGUGCUAAAGAAACACUCUGCCGUUUUCUCUAAGGAGCUGGGCACAAUGAAAGGAAUUAAAGCCAGAUUGACUCUUAGGCCUGAUAGUUGGGGCAUAGUGCCUGUCAACAAGAAGGAUGGCUCAGUGAGACUGUGUGGGGCUUUCAAGGUCACUCUCAAUUCACAGCUCUGUGUGGAUAAGUACCUACUUCCACGCAUUGAGGACCUGUUUGCUUCUCUAGCAGGAGGUCAGCAUUUCAGUAAGCUAGACUUAGCAAAUGCCUACUUACAGAUGGAGGUAGAAGAGGAGUCUAAGAAGCUGCUGACUAUUUCGACACAAAAAGGGCUGUUCCGUUUCAAUCGCUUGCCUUUUGGAGUGGCGCCUUCACCUGCAUUGUUUCAGAAGGCUAUGGAUCAAGUGCUUCUCGGCCUACCAUACACCCAUUGUUAUCUGGAUGACAUCCUCGUCAGUGGUCCAGAUAAACAGACACACCUGAGAACCCUUAAGGCAGUUUUGGGCAGGCUGGAGGACUAUGGCCUGCGUCUCAAACAAGAGAAGUGCCUGUUUUUCCAAGAAUCGGUGGAAUACCUGGGCCACAUAAUUGAUGCGGCAGGGUUACACAAAUCACCAGAAAAGGUGCGUGCCGUUAUGGAAGCUCCAGCACCAGCUGAUGUCAGCCAGUUACGUUCUUUUCUGGGAAUGCUCAACUAUUAUGGACGUUUCAUACCUGAUUUAGCUACAGUCCUGAAACCGCUGAAUGAGCUACUCAGUAAAGAGAAGAAAUGGCAGUGGACAUCAGCCUGCGAGUCAGCUUUCCAGAAAGCUAAAGAACGUCUGGCCUCACCAAAAAUACUCACCCACUACAAUCCUGAACUGCCUCUCCGUUUGGCAUGUGACGCUUCACCAUAUGGCGUUGGAGCCGUGCUCUCACAUGUCAUGCCUGAUGGCCAAGAACGGCCAAUUGCUUAUGCUUCACGAACCCUCAGCGAAGCUGAACGAAACUAUGCUCAGAUCGAGAGGGAGGCGUUGGCAAUUGUUUUUGGAGUGCGCAAGUUUCACCAGUAUCUCCAUGGUAACAAGUUCACCUUGCUCACUGAUCAUCGCCCACUGACCUCAAUUCUGAGUCCAGUAAAAGGUACACCAUCAAUGGCAGCUGCGCGAAUGCAGCGUUGGGCGCUCAUUCUGUCAGCACAUAAUUUCACCUUACAGUAUCGGAAGGGGGCACAUCACGCCAAUGCUGACGGUCUGUCACGUUUACCUCUGCCCCUUGCACAGAAAGAGAAACAGGGAGCAGUUGAGGUAUUCUACGCAUCUCAGCUGGACACAUUACCAGUCAGUGUCGCCGAGAUCAGACGUGACACUUUGUCUGAUGUCACUUUGUCUCGUGUGCUGGAAAUGGUAAUAACUGGACGUUUUCCAGCAACAAAGGACACAGAUCAAGAGCUGUCACCCUAUCUGAUGCGCAGACAUGAACUCACAAUACAGCAGAGAUGCCUCAUGUGGGGCUUGAGGGUGGUUGUGCCACCUAAGCUGCGCUCUCAUGUACUGAAAGAGCUCCACACUGCACAUCCAGGGAUGGUGAGGAUGAAGAGCUUAGCUCGCAGCUAUGUUUGGUGGCCUGGCAUUGAUUCUCAAAUUGAGCUUCAAGCUAAAGCCUGCCACUCUUGUCAGCGUGUGCAAAAAGAGCCUGGGUUAGCGCCUUUACACCCUUGGCUGUGGCCUUCCUGUCCAUGGGAACGGAUCCAUGUGGAUUUUGCGGGUCCAUUUGAAAGUCACAUGUACCUGGUGGUGGUAGAUGCACAUUCCAAGUGGCCUGAAGUGCAUAUUAUGGAUAGCACCACAGUUGGUAAAACCAUACAAGUGCUACGGGGUCUCUUUAGUCGCCAUGGCAUUCCCCACGUCCUGGUGAGUGAUAACGGACCGCAGUUCUGUUCUGAGGAAUUCAGGGUGUUCCUGAAAGCUAAUGGAGUCAAACACAUCCGCUCCGCGCCGUACCAUCCUGCCACUAAUGGUUUGGCUGAGCGUUUUGUGCAGACAUUCAAGCAUGCACUGAAAGCCUCCAGGGGAUGCGCAACAACAAUGCCGACAGCAACACUCCAGGGACAGACGUUCACUGUUGGCGAGCCUGUCCUGGUGCGCGAUUAUAGGAAGGGAGAGGACAAGUGGACGCACGGUGUCGUACUGGAGAAGACUGGGCCAGUGUCAUACAAGGUGAAUGUGGGAGCCCAAGGGGUGUGGAAACGUCAUGUGGAUCAGAUGCUGACACGACCUGAGUCAGUAUCUCAGCAGGUCACAGUGGAUCCUCCGACAAGCUCUCAGAUGUCACCAGCCCAGAGUGGUAGUGACACCAUGCUUUACCCUUGUACAACUCUGCAGGAAGAGACUGUUGAACAAGUUAUGGGGACCACCGUACCUCCAGAUACACCCCAGUCUCUUAAAUCAUCACCGACUGACUGUACACAGGUUACAGAGCCUGUAAGACGUUACCCAGUGAGAGUCACCAAGCCACCCGCUCGUUAUUGUGAUGGGUGA